AUGGCGUCGCCGCCCCCCGUAGAAGACCAGGCCCGGCUGCUCGAAGAUGCCCUGGCCGUGGUGCGCCAGCAGACGAUGCUCAUGCGGCGCUGCCUCGAGACGCCGGGCAAGCUGAUGGAUGCGCUCAAGUGCAGCUCGACCCUCGUGUCGGAACUGCGCACCAGCAGCCUCGGCCCCAAGCAGUACUACGAGCUGUACAUGGCCGUCUUCGAUGCCCUGCGCCAUCUCUCCGUCUACCUGCGCGAGAACCACCCCGUCAACCACCUCGCCGACCUCUACGAACUCGUCCAGUAUGCCGGCAACAUCAUCCCGCGCCUGUACCUCAUGGUCACCGUCGGCACCGUCUACAUGGCCAUUGAGGAUGCGCCCGUCAAGGAGAUCAUGAAGGACAUGAUGGAGAUGAGUCGCGGCGUCCAGCACCCCAUCCGCGGCCUCUUCCUGCGCUACUAUCUGGCCGGCCAGGCUCGCGACUGCCUCCCGUCGGGCGACAGCGAGGGGCCCGAGGGUAACCUCCAGGACUCCAUCAGCUUCAUCCUGACCAACUUUGUCGAGAUGAACAAGCUGUGGGUGCGCCUGCAGCACCAGGGCCAUUCCAGGGAGCGCGAGCAGCGGACCAAGGAGCGCCAGGAACUGCAGCUCCUCGUGGGCAGCAACUUGGUCAGGCUCAGCCAGCUGGUCGACCUGGACAACUACAAGAAGAUCCUCAACCCGCUGCUGGAACAGAUUGUGCAAUGUCGCGAUGUCUUGGCCCAGGAAUACCUCCUCGAGGUUGUCACCCAGGUCUUCCCGGACGAAUUCCACCUACACACGCUCGACCAGUUCCUCUCCGCCGUCGCACGCCUAAAUCCACACGUAAAUGUCAAAGCCAUCGUAGUCGGCCUCAUGGAUCGAUUGUCGUCGUACGCGCAGAGAGAAGCCGAGUCAGAAAGCCCAGAGCAGCGCAAGAGGACGGAAGAGGAGUCAAUAGCACAACUCAUGGAGCAAAUGCGGAUAGCGAAGGAAAAAAAGGCCGCCGAACCCGAAUCAGCGCCAGCGCAGCAGAACGGAGACGCAGAGGAACCCUCAGAGACGCAACCAAGCACGGAAGAAGACUCCGAAGAGGCAUCGAAACCCGCAGAGACCUCCGCCGAGAACGACGAGACCCCAGCGACCGAGACAGAUGGCGAUAUCGAGAAGAGACGCGGCAUACCGAACAAUGUCAAGCUGUUCGAGAUCUUCCAUGAGCAGGUGCAGACGCUGGUCAAGAUGCAGCGGCUACCAAUACAAGAUACGAUCGGACUAUUGGUAUCGCUAGCAAAUCUUGCCUUGAACAUUUACCCCGAAAGGCUCGACUACAUCGACCAAGUCCUGACGUUUGCGAAUCAAAAGGUCGCCGAAUACGCGAACAGCGCCGACCUGCACUCGCAAGCAACUCAAAGCCAGAUCCUCAGCCUCCUCCUUUCGCCGAUCAAGACCUACAUCUCUCUCUUUACCGCGCUCGCAUUACCCAACUUCAUCCCUCUGCUACAUUCACAACCAUACCCGACUCGGAGAGCCGUGGCCGGCGAAGUCGCAAGAAGUCUGAUGCGGAAUCAGACCUACAUCGCAUCCGUGGAGAACCUCGAGAGUGUGCUGGAGAUCUUGAAGGUUCUCAUUCGGGAAGGCAUCCAGCAGGCGCAGGGAUACCCAGGAGGACCGAUUCAAAGACGGGCACAGGAGACGGAAGAGACGAUAGAAGAGCAGGGAUGGCUCGCGCGGAUAGUACACCUCAUUCGCGGCAAGGACAACGAUACCCAAUUCAAGCUCCUCCAAGCCGCACGCAAGUCCUUCGCCGAAGGCAACGAGCGCGUCAAGUACACAUCCCCCGCCAUCAUCACAGCAUCACUCAAGCUCGCUCGGCAAUACAAGAAGCGCGAACAUUUCGAAGACAACUGGCAAUCACAAUCAUCCGCUCUCUACAAGUUCAUGCACAGUACACUGUCGACACUCUACACCCGCGUUACUGGCUCCGCAGACCUCUCCCUCCGCCUCUUCAUCGCCUGUGGUCAAGUCGCAGAUCAGAACGGCUUCGAAGAGGUCGCAUACGAGUUCUUCGCGCAGGCGUUUACGAUAUACGAGGAGGCCAUCAGCGACUCAAGAGCGCAGUUCCAGGCUGUGUGUGUCAUUGCGAGUGGCCUACACACAACGAGGAAUUUCGGCAAGGAGAAUUACGAUACCCUGAUCACGAAGUGCGCGUUACAUGGAAGCAAGCUGCUCAAGAAGCCGGAUCAGUGUCGCGCAGUGUACCUCGCAAGUCACCUGUGGUGGGCGACUGAGAUCAGGGCAUUAGGCGAGGAGGACCCGAAGAACCUGUACCGCGACGGCAAGCGAGUGCUUGAGUGCUUACAACGUGCUCUCCGUGUGGCCGACGCAUGCAUGGAUGCCGCGGUCUCAGUCGAGCUCUUUGUCGAGAUUUUGAACAGAUACGUCUACUACUUCGACCAAGAAAACGAUGCUGUCACGACGAAAUACCUCAACGGUCUCAUCGAGCUCAUUCACUCCAACCUACAAUCCAACGAAAACGCUUCUUCGCUCGAGAACCCAAGGAAACACUUCCAGCGCACCCUGGAUUACAUAGCGAGUCGAGAAUAUGAGGGUGUGGUAACAGCGGCAAAGUAA